AUGGUUUGGAUUGUUUGGGACAUUCAUGGGUGUAUUCUGACAGUCGAAUUUCCAGGUCUCAUCCCAGGAGGCUUCAAGAAAGUGAUGACCCAGUACAUUUUAGCGCGUUCGAAGCGUAGGGGUGCGCUUCGACGCGCGGAGGAGUGUGUCGAGAGGUGGAGUGUUGACGCAUUGAUAUUGGAGGAUGGCAGUGUUGACCGAUUUUGGGCAGAGGCCUAG